AACAGACGGAAAGCACAAGAGAGAAAAAGAGAGGGAGAGUGAGGAGCUUGUGUGUUGGUUUCACCUCCUAAUCAGUUUGCAGGGGGAUCUAUCAGGGAGUACUGCACAGGAGGAGACUCAGAAGCACAAAAAGGAGAUACCAACUCUUCUUCCAUCAUACAAACAGAAAUGGACACCACUCUCUCUACCCCGUGCAACAUCCAAAUAUGCGAGGUGACGUGCGAUUCGUUCCGCAUCAUGUGGGACAUGACCUCUGAGGACACGGCCAGAGCCACGCACUUCUUCAUUGACCUGAGUCGCAAGGAGUGCAGGGAUCCCAACCGUUUUAAACACAGGGAUGUGCCGACCAAACUGGUGGCGAAGGCCGUGCCUCUCCCCAUGGCGGUGAGGGGACACUGGUUUCUGAGCCCCUGCACAGAAUAUUGUGUUGCUGUGCAGACAGCGGUUCGACAGCCAGAUGGCGACUACCUUGUGUCAGAGUGGAGCCAAGUGGUGGAGUUCUGCACAGGAGACUACGCCAUAGAACACCUCCAGCAGCUUCUUGACAAGGCCAAAGGCUCUGCGGGAAGGCUGCUGAAAUUCUCUGUGUUUUAUCGCAACCAGCAUUCAGAUUACUUUGACUGCGUCAGAAAGGAGUGUCAAGGUCUAAUGCAUCCAGCCCUUAAAGACACCAGUGGGAGUCAUGGUUCUCCUAUCAAUGGCAAACUGCAAGGAGUCUUCUUUAGCUGCAAUACUGAGUUUGACACUGGCCUCCCCCCCAAAGACUCUCCAUACGGCCCCCUGCGCUUCCAGAUUCCAGCUGGACAUCUGCUCAACCCCAAUAUCUCAUUGUAUUUUGCUGACUUCUACUGCAUGUACACAGCCUACCACUAUGUGGUUGUGGUGCUGGCCCCAGUGGGCUCAGAGGGAGACCAAUUCUGCAGAAGCCGUCUCCCUCUGCUGGACUUGGCCAGCAACCCCUUAUUGACAUACACCGCCCCCCAGAGGCCGGGGGAUGAGCCGCUCUACUGCCACGCCAGUGACGUCAUCCUGGAGGUGCUUUUCACUGACCCGGUGAGUUUGGAUCAGGGUACCGUGGAGCAAAUCAGCGGACACCAUCAGCUCAAGAGUUUGACCACGGCGAACGCCAAGAAAGACCCGAGCUGUAAAGUGUGCAACAUCAGCGUGGGCCGGUGAGCAGGGCCUGGGGGCAGAUGAGCAAGACAUCGUGUGUAGGCUAAAACCCAGAGGAAAACACCCACCACCUCAAGGAGGGUGUGCAUGCUGCUUUCCCUUUUCCACCCUCCCAGGCUAGGAUAGUAUCCAAUAGAAUUAUAUAUUACAUACCUCUAUAAUGGGCAUCUAGAAACAAUACAUUCUGUUUACAUACACAACCAUUUAAAUGACAAAAGAAGGUUAUUAGUGAUCUUUGGUUUCUUGACUGUAUGUGUGUUUUUUUAGUUAGUGUUGUAGUGUGAAGGUAGCAACGGCAGUGUUUGAAUUGGGUGCAAGAUGUGCAGUACAGUGGAACCUCCAAAGUCGAAUGAAAAAAAUGGGUCGAAUUUGGUUAAAUGAACAUUUUUGGAAAUAUAUGCCUCCAAAGUAUGUUACACAAAACAUCAGCAAAUCUUGCGAGACUUGAGCUCAGUGAUCAUAUAAAGCAGUGGUCCCCAACCUUUUUUUAUCCACGGACCGGCUUGUGUUACCACAAAUCUCCUAGGCGGGGCGUGGGGUACAUUAUAGCGAUCUAAUUUAUCUUAUUUAUUAUGUAUUGUGUAAAACUAAGACAUGGAUAACAUCAAAUUAAAAGCACAAAAUGAAUGCCGACCCACCAUCCACCAGUUCAAGUUCCAGACAGGUUUUUCCGUGUUUGACGUGUGUGGGAAAAGGCAGUGUGCUAGCAUGAAUUAACUUGAGACAAAUGUGCACAUUAGCACUCAAUAAGUCAUCAAAACUUACCUUUAUGCAUUCCCACAUAGUAUCAGCAUUUGACACCAAAUAUGAGGUGAAAGAUAAAUCGUACAAAACUAAAAAUACAGUAGUAGUAUGAGAUAAAGUUAGCACACGCACAAUAGACAUGCGUCAAGUGAGACGGAUGUAACGGAGAAUCCGGCCACUUUUCAAAAUAAAACAUAAAAAGAAAUAAUGGAAAUAAUUUUUUCUUUCUGUGGGGAUCGCUGAUCUAAAGGCUAAACUCAAGUGUGUUUUGCAUUUUCUGUGUCUUUUGCAAUACCGCCACAGAAGGGUUCCAUGCAGUGAUAGCAAACAGAAGUGUGAUGAUAACCAUAGAACCACAAAUGUAACUUAUAUUGUGACAGGAAAGGGUCUUGCUGCUUAGUACAUAAUCAUAAAUCUCAAUUACAUACACACACAUACAAGUAACGUAUUAUACAGUACACACAUAUAGCAAUACCUAUAAUAUGCCACGAGAUGACUUGUCAAAAGGUUAGUAGUUUUAUUUUAUUGUAGCUUUAUUUUGUUUUAUUGUUUCAUACAUAACUGUCAACAUGUGCAUUUGAAAAUAAGGGAACAUUUCGGGGGAAAAUGGGAAAAAUAAUAAUGGAUUAUAUAGCGCUUUUCAAGGAACCCAAAGCACUUAACAGUGAAGUGGACCCAUUAUUCAUUCCCUCCUCAAUCACACACUGGUGGUGGUAAUCUACAUCUGUAGUCACAGCUACCCUGCAAUAGACUGACAGAAAGGUGGCUGCCAAUUUACGCCAACGGCCUCUCCGACCACUGCCAAACAUUCAUACACCAGUGUGCGCAGCACCGGACGCAAGUUGGGUGAAGUGUCUUGCCCAGGGACACAACAAGAGUUACUGGGGUAGAGGGAGCGAGGAUCAAACCACCAAACUUUGUGGAUGACCUGCUUUACCUCCUGAGCCACUGCCGCCCAUAAUAAUAAUAAUAUGGUAGGGUAGACAGGUUCGAUAUUGUGGUGGAUGACAGCUAAGACGAUUAAGUAAACUAUUUGGAAGUACACUCGUAUCACGGAAUGAAUUGUGUUUGACUUUAGAGGUUCCACUGAAGUGAUACAAGGAGUAGUGGUCAUAAAAUGAAAACUGAGUUUUAGAGUUGCGGCAGGAAAAUCAACAGCGCACCCCUUUUUCUACCACUUUGCAACCCACCCUCUGAGUCUGUCAUGGUGCUAACUGCUGUAUAAUUUCAGACUGAUGUUUCCAUUAUCCAUGUAUGGAAAUGGAAGGAACAAACAUAUCGUGGCUUGUUGUACACACAAUAUAGCUUGAAGUACGAUGGCCCAAAAGGCUCAUACUGGACUGGUGGAGAUCCAUAUACAGGUCCUCAGGUGCUGGCAAGCCACACUACACCCUCGUCUUUGUUGUUGUUUUCUUCAUUUUGUUUUUGGUUUUAUUUUGUGUUUCUUUUGUAUUUGCUGGACUGUAGUUUAAUUGGGUCUUUUAAUUAUUAUUGUAAUACCUUUUCUGAUGGUGUUACAGAUGUGAUGAUAAUAAUGGGAGCACAAAGCAUCCUGCUAUCAGUGAGCCUGUGUAUUUGAGCUAAGAUUAGUUUGUAUGCCACUACGGGGCAUAGAUGUGUCCCUAGUGAGUAAUCUCUGACCUAUUUGGGAAUCCCAGAGAUGCCCAGAGUAUAAGGCAUCCCCUGUUACUGUUACUCAACAGCAAAGAAUGGGCACUGAGUGAGUGUAGACUCACACAAAUAAAUUGGUUGCAAAGAAAACUAAUUGUUUUAAGACAAAGCAAGAACAUAUUGUAAUUAUCUUCUGUCUUUUAUUUAUUACGUCACAAAUAAGACACAAAUCACAGUGAAGCACAACACAUAUUAAAUAAAACUACUUUAUUUUCAAACAGUA